UUGCAUUUGUCAAAGACGAGCACUCACAAGAUGACUUCAAAACGAUGGCAAUGGCGUACUGGACAAUUUUUAUAGGCCAUGAUCUUUCUCACACGGCAAUGUCUAUAUUGAUGAAACGUAAUAAAUCGGUGAGCUGUUGUUCAGAUGACCGGAUAGAGCUCUCUCCUCGGCACACGACUGAUUUGUGCAUGCAAGUGAAGAUGUCGGGUGAAGAUCCAUUUUUCAGAAACAAUAUUCGUUGUAUGAACUACGUGCGUUCGGUGCCAGCAUUGAGUUCCGAUUGUACUUUUGGACCCAAGGAACAAAUGAACCAAGCUACUCAUUAUUUAGAUGGGUCGAUGAUAUACGGUUCGUCGGCGAAACGGACGUGGUCGUUGAGGACCAACUCGGGCGGCCAACUAUUGACAAGCAUGGGCUUCGAUAUCGACAGCCAAAGCGAACCGGUACAGUCACAGUAUAUGCCACUGGAAGACACCGAAUCGAACGCCUGUCAGUAUGGCAGUGGUACUUGUUAUAGGGCAGGUGACAUCCGGGCAAACGCGCUUCCCCAACUGACGGUCAUGCACACAUUGUGGAUGAGGGAACACAACCGGUUGGCUAAACUACUGUCACACGUCAACCCGCACUGGGACGACGAGCGAAUUUUUCAUGAGGCCAGGAAAAUCGUUACAGCAUCCAUACAACACAUCACUUACGCUGAGUGGCUGCCAGCGCUGCUCGGGGAAAACUACACCAAGCGGAACGGUCUUGAACUGUCGACAAAAGGCUACAGUAACGCGUACAACGAGACCACCGACCCGAGCGUCAGCAACAGCUUUGCGACCGCAGUAUUACCGUUCGCUAAUUCCAUGAUAAGCGACACCAUAAGUUUAUAUACGGAAGGCCGAGUGAUCAACGCAAAUCUUUCGCUGAGGAACAUUACAACCGACCAACUGGUUUACUAUUAA